AAAGUUUCGGAUUCGACGGAACUUCAACCUCAGUCUCACCUGACUUCUAGCUUAUUUCGACCACCGAUUAGACAUUUUGGGUUCGAGCCACCUCAUUGAGAAAAGACUCGAGGCCGGGCUCGACGGUGCCAUAUCCAAGAUGAGGUCCUUUUGCGUUUCCGGAUUCUCCGACGCCCUGGACUGGAGACCCAUCCUCUUUCAGGAGUCCGCCAUCGCCCACUGCGCCUGCGCACUGUGUGGACUCGUGUCCCUCAAAGCCAUCAGGCUGUCCUGUGGCCACACGCUCUGCUCCGAGUGCCACGAGGAGUGUUCCCGGCAAGGCAGCACCUGUCCCAUCGAUGAGGAAUCCUUCGGCGACGAUGACUGCUCGCGAAACGACCUUACAGUGGGCUUCCUCGCAAAACGCCGGGCGUCCUGCUGGAACAAGUCUAAUGGCUGUAACUUCGAGGGUCCCAUUUACAGUCUCUUGAAGCACUACGUCGAGUGCGCUUUCUACGUCGUGUCCUGUCCUCGGUGUCAAGUGUCCGUGCUGAGGAGCGAGAUGGUGGGACACUGCAAACAUGGUUGCCACGUUUCCGCCACUGGGCCCGUAGUGGACACAGACCAUGUCGCACAGGGAUACGACAGCAUCGAGCAGACAAGUAAUGAAAUCAAAGAAGCAUUGGGCAAGCUCUCUGAAGACCUGUCCUGUCUGCACACCAGCAUGAACCAGUGCUUGGAGGACGUCAGAAAAGCAGAAAUGAGUUCGAAAGAACAACUGGAAGCUCAGUCUGCGACACUUAUUGAACAUUUGUCCAGGUUGCACAUCGCAGAACCAUCUCUUGCAGAAGGCGGAUUAAGUGACGUCGCUUCUAAAGUGGAGAAGGGUCGUCAGGCCGGAAACUUCAGCGCACACGCCAAAUGCCCGCUGCAGGCCACAGAGAGCACGUGCCAAGGAAUGUGUCCGGAUCACCAAGGAAAGACACUCCACUGGUACUUAAAGGGAUACGCAGCUAUGAAGAAUGACGCAAGCAAGAAUAAUUUUGUGGUAACUGAGAGCCCCAGGCACUAUUUGAGUGGAUACAACGUGUCCAUUGUAUGCACGUUUAGAAAGUAUGGCGGCUUCAUUGAUUGUAAAUUCUAUUUAAAAUUACAUCUUGGAGCCUACGAUUCAAGCCUUGAAUGGCCAUUCAGAAAGACUGUCAAUGUCAGAGUCAUUCAAAGCGGGGACGGGAAGUUGACUUGGGUUUCCACACACGAUAUGAGUCCAAGGGAUUUUGACAAAUUGCAAAGGCCAGACAGAAAUUCCUACAGAAGUUUACUAUACUUGAAUAUUUGGGGCCUGAAUGAUCUAGAAAUGCACGGGUUUGUUGAAAAUGACUCAUUGCACCUGUCCUUUGAGGUCGUGUAACUGAAAGUCUGUCUCUCUUACGAACGAUAAAUUUAAAAUUUAAGUUUAAACCCUCCUAAAAUUAAAAUUUGCUUAUUACCUGCCCCUCAAAAUCGCCCGGUUUAAUUCAUAGUACAGUUUCACGACUGUAUCGACUUAUUGUUUGCUACUGCUGAAUUGCCUUUCGGUCAUUUUGGGAAAAAAAUGUAGAUCAUGAUGCAUCAGUAUCACCCGUUUACUUAAUCGUACAGGUUUUGCUGCUUAUUCAAGUCAUAUAUUUCCUAUAAACAUAAAAUAAAACAAAAUAA